GGAGAAAACCAGUGAUUCAGAGCUGUGCUGGGGUAGGUCCUAGAACUUACUGAGGCAUUAACUUCCCCAAGCGUCCCACUAGGUGGCAUUGUUGUUAAGUUUCUCUUCUGCUUCCUUUGUUUAUUUCCACUCCUAAGCAUUUAAGUUUCACUUUUCACCCUUUUCCUGUGGGGAGCUGCUCUGUGGAGGGCUGGUCUCUGGCUUGGUGAGUAAAUGUUGAGCAGACCUACAGCUGAUCUCCACUGGUUCAGGACUGCUGUACUUCUCCUGAAGACCCACAGCUUGUGAGCAAGGGGUUUGUAAGCAAGAAGAGCCUCUGGAGUCAGGACAGGAAGAAGCCAGGAGAGAUUGGCCAUGAAUUUUUCAUCAGAAAAGAGCAUAAAUGCGGUGACCUGUCCCAUCUGCCAGAAGGUCCUAACAGAACCCAUGAGCUUGGACUGUGGCCACAGCUUCUGCCAAGACUGUAUCACUGCAGAGAGUCAAUCAGGGGACCCUUUAGGAUUGGAAUGCUUCUGUCCUGUUUGCCAGAGCACAUACCAGCCUUGGAACCUCCGGUUUAAUUGGGAGCUGGCAGAGAGAGUGAAGAAAUUCAGGGAGGUCGACAAGAGUUCACAGCAGCUGAGGAGGAGAGAUCUCUGUGAGCACCAUGGGGAAAAUUAUGAUAUCUUCUGUAAGGACGAUGGCAAGGCUAUUUGCAGGCUUUGUGUUCAGGAGCACCAAGGUCACCAAAUGUCCCCCAUCAUGGAGGUGGUCAAGGAAUGUCAGGAGAAGCUCCAGGAAGCUCUGAAGAAGCUGUCACAGGAGCAGCAGGAAGCUGAGCAAUUGGAAGCUGACAUCAAUGAAGAGAGAGCUACCUGGAAG